GCUUUUUGGUUGAGGUUUGUUUAUGUUUAGGUUUCGUUACUAAAGUUGGUAUAACUAAAGAAGCAAGCGGUCAGCAACAUUCAUCUCUCAAGGGGGUGUCUAACUUGGUGUUACGGUGUGUUUGACCCUAAUUGAAUUUUAUGCCAGAACAUCCCUUUAAGUCAAGGAUCCUGGAAGUCAGUCGAUAACUUUCAUGUAAAAUGAGAACUUUUAUUUUCUAUUUUCCCCUUCAGAAUAUUUUCACCAGACACAGACACACAGACUAAUUCUAAACUGAAAACAUAAAACCACCAGCGGGCAAAGUCACUAUCCUGUAAGGAAACAAUACACACCCCUGGAUCAGAAGCCGCAUGCCGGUAGACAACGGCACAUGCAGGUUUUUUAUCGUGAUGAACGGUGAAAUCUGGGAUCUUGAGGAAUAUAUAGGGUGGACUUCAGAGCAAGUUUUCUGACUGUUUCUCUGUAAAACUAGUUUGACAGUGAAAAUGUUGAGUGCAUGAUUAAAAAUCGUGGCUGUUUAAAGCUGUAAAAGACAAGAAGUUACUAAAUGUAUUUACAGUGCUCCAACUUGGCAUAUACCUGCCUCUGUAAGAUGAAAAUAGUAGAAGAUGUCACAGUAAAGCUAUGGUAUGAUGUAUCUAAUCUAUUUGGUAAGAGAAGCUUUUGCUAUGUUGAUAGCGACAGGAUAUGUUCUUUCACUUCCGAGCAGAAUCUCGACAGGUGGCAUACCAAUGGAGGGACUGGUACACUGAUCUAACACGAUCAACAUAUGCUGCUGGCCCUCUGGUGGCACACUAAUGACAAUGGCACACACAAGGACACAUGGUGUGGCAUGCCACUGGCCACUCUUGGAUCUUGUUGUCACUUUAGAUUAUUGUUAGUUUUAGAAUUGAUUUAAGGAUUUUAUUACUCGUCACUCAAGCCCUAGAAAGCCAGUGCUGUGUAAACAAAGUUAUAUCACGUUAAUCUGUGCAAACACAAGGAUAAUAAAUUCAUGUAUUUCACUGGAUAGCAGGUCAGAUUUUCAUUCACGUCUACUUUUAUCACCUCCGCCAUAUUCACAGACUAGUACUCUUGUAAAACUAUACACGAUAUUUAAGCCAGCAGGCCUGUGGCUGAGCUGCACAGUGCUACAGCAGGCUAAAGGAUCAUGGGUGGACUGCUCUCUCUGAGGCUGCUGGCAGGCCCCUUGUAUGAGCUCACCACAGCUGAGAUCCAGUUACAGCAAACUCACGUUUUUGACUUGAGACAAACAGUCGAGAACGGUCGGUCCUGCCUUUACUCUUUGCUCCUUUCCAGAUCUUUCUUUUUUCCAGCUCAUCUACUUGAACCUCUCCUUCCACACCUGGAACUUUCCUCAAAUCUAUUUUCUCUUUUACUGUAAUAGGCCUCACUUGUUUGGCCUCUCUCUCUUUCUCAGAAAAGGGGCUCUGUAAUUUUGUGUCCUGCCUAUGAAUGACUUUUACAUGGAAAAAAUGAGAGCCCGUUGGAAAGUUUUCUUUUCUUCUUUAGUCACUUACACUUGUGAAGUACCUAUCUUUCUUUUCCUCUCUCUUCUAUUCUUCUGCUUUCUUUCACUGACAACUGCUCUGUCUUAGUCUAUUGUUAAAAGGCAAGACACAGCAGCACAGCACAAUCACAGCUUUGUGUACGGUUCUGGUUACAAGCUCAGAAAAGGAGAAGAGCACAUAAUUCUGCUCAUUAAGACUUUAAAGAUUAGUAUUCAACACUGUGGACACCUACUGCAUAAUGAAUGACUAUCAAAGUCUACUGGAAAUGAGAUAUGAAGUACACUUUGUAAAAUGAUACUAUGUGGGUGAAGUUACUUGUUAAUAUCUAGCAAGUAUAUCACAAAUUGGUUAUCCAUUUAUUUUUCAACACUGUCAGUGAUGUACAGCUAUUCAUAUGAGACUGUCCUCAUAAGAGCAAAAGUAAAGGCUAAAAAAGUCCCCACUAUUAAUAAAUCACAGGUUAAUUUACCAUGCCAAAUAAGUUUCCAUUAAAAUCCAGAGGGAUCUCUGUUACCGAACAGGUUUAUGAUCACCAUAUUAACAACGGCUCAGUGGUUAGCACUGAGGCCUUGCGGUAAAAAGAGUCAGAAUAUGACUGACUGACUGGCAGGGAGCUUUCCAUAUUGUUCUGUGUCUCUCAAAAUAUAUAAUAUAUCUAAAAUAUUUAACUUUAUAUAGACAUAAAUACCUCAUUUUUAUGUAACUACCUCACUGCAUAAUUGAUGUUUACAAUUCUGUCUUUGCAGCUUUUAUACAUAACUUGAAGAGAGGCAUUACAUUUCCAAUACAACUGAACAAAAACUGGACCAUUAUGUUUGCCUUUUAUGUUUCAGGGCAACCGGUCUUGCCCAAUAAUCCAAGACCCAGGUUGCAUGUGACCCAGAAAAGGAGGUUAGAAAAUGGGCUGACUGACACAGGAACCUCAUUGUUCGGGUCUUUUGUAUUGCUCUGUGAUCUUUUCACUGUGACUGCCUCUACAUGUUGGUUUGAGGUUAUGAUGUUGAACUAUUCUGAAACAAGAAAAAAACAGAACCAGACUGAUGCUGUAUGGUCUUUGAAAGAGCAAAGACAGAACAAAGUGAUGAGCAUAUCAACUCGAAUACAGCUUUUUACACUGCGUUCAGAUGAAUAUGUUAGUUAAACAAAGUAUUCUUAAUAAAAAUGACACACAUUAGAAAUGUAAUGCUUAUAGAAAGCAUCCUCACUUCAGUCACAUCCCAAGUUCGGCAACUUAAAUGUUUACAUUGCUACUGAUAAAACUGUUCUGUUUACCAAUGACACUUUGAAUGUCAACUAGAGAAUAUCUAAACCAUUUCGCAGAGAUUACACCACAUGCAUAGUCAUUUACACUCCCAUAUCUCUGUGCAUCCGCCUCUAAUUUCCUUUCUGUGAGUCUCAGUGGUGUUAACUGUCUAGUAGGCGUGGAAGUUCUUGCUGCAGUGAAAGAAUAGGGCCAUUAUGGGGCUUAACAAAGACGCUGAGGCCCAUGGCUGUGACCUCUAGUGGCACUAGAGGAAACCAUGCGGACAAAAAAGGGGACCACAUAGAGAUCACCAAGCACCAAGGAAACUGGUAGUUCCCCUAGUGUUUGCUUUUAGUUGGGUGCCAAGUAUUUGCCUUCUGGGGGCUGGUGAGUGAUGGUUGGGGUGGAGGGGGGUGUUCAAACUGGAAACAGAGUUAUCUAUCUUAAUGACUGGAUUCUGAGAGGGCCCCAAAAGAUCUCCUAACCCAACUCAGACAAC